AUGUCAAAGUCCAGCGCAGCCGUAGCGAGGAGGCUUGGCGUCCUCGAGAGGCAUCUGAAGGACAGCCCGUCUACUUUCAACGCUCUGCUCAACAACGAUGUCUGCGGCAUCAUCGCCUUCGUCGGCAGUGAACCCGCAGCGCCUGUCCUCAUCGAAGGCCUCAAGGUGCUCGAAUCGCGCGGCUACGAUUCGGCUGGUAUCGCCACGAUUAAUCCUGCUACACACGAAUUGGCGAUGUCCAAGUACGCCAGCGUGGGCAAGACCAACAACGCCAUCACCCUCCUUGAGCAGCACCUGGGCAAGCACGACGCCCACGUCGCCGGUAUCGCGCACACCCGCUGGGCCACUCAUGGCGCCCGCACGGACGAGAACGCCCACCCGCAUCUGGACCAGUCUGGCCGCAUCGCGGUGGUGCACAACGGCGUCAUUGAGAACUCGAACGAGCUCAAGAAGGAGCUCCAGACGCAGCACGGCAUCCACUUCCGGUCGGAGACCGACACUGAAGUCAUCGCCCAGCUGCUCGGCGUGUACGUCAACCAGGGCAUGUCCCUUCUGGAGGCCGUGAAGAAGACGCAGGAUCGCCUCGAGGGCACCUGGGGUCUGGCCAUCCUGGACAAGGAGCAUCCCGACCAGAUAUUGGCCGUGAAGAACGGCUCUCCGCUGCUCGUGGGCAUCGGCGAGGGCAAGAUGUUCAUCGCGUCGGAGUCUGCCGCCUUCUCGCGCUACACCAAGGAGUUCAUCGACCUCGAGGACAAGGAGGUCGCCGUCCUCACCGCCAAGGGCCACUCGCUCGACCGCUCGAGGAUCGAGCACGCGCCGCAGGAGCACAUCCAGAUCUCGCCCGCUCCCUGGCCCCACUGGACCAUUAAGGAGAUCAUGGAGCAGCCUGCCGCGAUCAGCAGAGCGCUGAACUACGGCGGUCGUAUUUUGGACGAAUCCAGCACCAUGCUCGGUGGUUUGGACGCCAACAGGGCCGUUCUCAGUGGCGUGCAGCAUCUGGUGAUCGCGGCCUGCGGUACCUCCUUUUACGCGGGAAUUGCCGGCGCCCAGUACAUGAGGCACCUCAACGCCUUCAAGACCGUCCAGGUGCUGGAUGCGGCCGAGCUCACGGAGGAAGACAUGCCCAAGGAAAACGGCGGUCUGCUGGUCAUCUCGCAGAGCGGUGAGACCAAGGACGUCUACACGGCCAUGGCCCUCGCCCAGCAGAGGGACAUCCCCUGCUUCUCCGUCGUCAACGCGGUGGGCUCGCAAAUCGCGCGUCACUCGGCCUGUGGCGUUUACCUCAACGCCGGCAGGGAGCACGCCGUGGCGUCCACCAAGGCCUUCACGUGCCAGGUCACCGUCCUCGCCCUCGUGGCGAUCUGGUUCUCGCAGGUCAACGCUCCUCAGGACAAGCAGAAGAGGAGAGUGAUGAUCGAAGCGCUUCACCGCCUGCCCACCAACGUGGGAAUGACCCUGCAGAGCAUGCGCGAGACGAUCAAGAAGAUCGCGCACAAGCUCUUCACCAUGGGACCCGGCGGCAAGAUCGUCGAGCACAUGUUCAUCCUCGGCAAGGGCGCCGCCCACCCCGUUGCCCUCGAGGGUUCGCUCAAGAUCAAAGAGAUCAGCUACAUCCACGCCGAAGGCUACCCCGGCGGCGCCCUCAAGCACGGACCCUACGCCCUCAUUGAGAAGGGCACGCCCAUCGUAUUGAUCGUGCUGAACGACAAGCACGCCGCCAAGAUGAAGACGGUGGCGGAGGAGGUGCGCGCCAGAGGCGCGUACACCAUCGUCAUCACCAACAACGCCCAGAUGUUCGAGCACGAGCUCGAAGCGAGCAAGGGAGCCGACUUUGACCUGAUCAAGAUUCCCAGCAACGGCCCCAUGACCAACCUCCUCUCGGUCCUGCCCUUCCAGCUGCUGGCCUACGAGCUCUCGGUGAUGAGGAAGGAGAACCCGGACAGGCCCAGGAACUUGGCCAAGGCCGUCACCGUCGACUAA